GAAUGUUAAUGACGUCAUUCGGAAAUCUCCCGACACGGUCAUCGAAGCAUGAAUGUUUGACAAUACAGCUGGGUGUGUCAAACAAGAACAGUGUCACCUGUGCGAUUUUGGAUUAUAUUCUUCAUUUAAAAAAAUGCGAUAUUAAUUUUAUUACACAGAUUGGAAUAAAUUCAUACUGACACAAACAUAAGAGACCAGCAGACAUGGUGAUUUUAGGAAAGGGUGACCAUGUAUGGCUGGAGCCCAAGGUCAAGGGUGAGUUUUCAGUGUCAAUUGGAGCGAUCGUCCAGGCGUCAGACCAUGGCCGCAUUCGGGUUGUUGACGACAAUGGCAAAGAGCACUGGAUUGACUCAACUAUGCAGAUUCGGCACAUGAACGCGACUUCUGUCAACCACAUUGAGGACAUGAUUCUGCUAGGUGACCUCAACGAAGCUGGAAUUCUGAGAAACCUUUUCCUGAGAUACUCGGAGAACAAGAUCUAUACCUACACAGGCUCCAUUCUGGUGGCGGUCAAUCCGUACCAGAUCUUGCCAAUCUACACGCCGGAGUACAUCAACGAUUAUCGGGACAAGAAGAUCGGUGAAAUGCCUCCCCAUAUCUUCGCCAUCGCUGACAACUCGUAUCACAACAUGCAGAGAUACAAACACGAUCAAUGUGUCAUCAUCAGCGGUGAGUCCGGGGCGGGUAAGACCGAGAGUACCAAGCUGAUCCUGCAGUUCCUGGCCGCUAUCAGUGGUCAACACUCCUGGAUCGAACAACAGAUCCUUGAGGCGAACCCCAUUUUGGAAGCUUUUGGGAACGCAAAGACGAUACGCAACGACAACUCGAGCCGCUUUGGCAAGUACAUAGACAUCCACUUUAACCAGCGCGGCUCCAUAGAGGGCGCCCAGAUCCUCCAGUACCUGCUGGAGAAGUCGCGCAUCGUACACCAGGCCCAUGACGAACGCAACUACCACAUCUUCUACUGCAUGCUCGCCGGGAUGACCAACGAGGAGAAACAGAAACUGCAUGUCAAGACCGCCACUGACUACUGGUACCUGACCCAGGGUGGAAACACAACAUGCGAGGGUCGUGACGAUGCGGUGGAGUUUGCAGACAUCCGCUCGGCCAUGAAGGUGCUCAUGUUCGGUGACAAGGAGGUGUGGGAGCUGCUCAAGAUACUGGCUGCACUGCUUCACCUUGGAAAUCUCAAGUACAAUGCCAUUGAGAUGGACAACACAGACGAUGCCAGUGAAAUUAGGGACAUCUCUCACAUAGACAAGAUCUGUUCUCUCCUGGAGUUCAACAGACAAGACCUUAUAGAUGCUCUGACAACAAAAACCAUCGUGACGAGAGGUGAAAGUGUGACUAGCGCGAUGGGUAUAACCCAGUCCAUGGAUGUGCGUGACGCGUUUGUGAAGGGGAUCUACGGUAGAAUGUUCAUCUGGAUCGUUGAGAAGAUCAAUACUGCCAUCUUUAAGCCUAAGACGGACCCGAAACAUUACCGAAGCUCCAUUGGCGUUCUGGACAUUUUUGGAUUUGAAAGUUUUGAUGUGAACAGCUUCGAGCAGCUGUGCAUCAACUACGCCAACGAGAACCUGCAGCAGUUCUUUGUGCAGCACAUCUUCAAGCUGGAACAGGAGGAGUAUGACAAUGAGGGCAUCAACUGGCAGCACAUAGAGUUCGUGGACAACCAGGAGGCACUGGAUCUCAUUGGGCUCAAACCUAUGAACAUCAUCUCGCUGGUCGACGAGGAGAGCAAGUUUCCAAAGGGUACAGACCAGACCAUGUUGAACAAGCUACAUCAGACCCAUGAGAACAACAAGAACUACCUGCGACCGAAGGCUGACAUCAACCGGGUGUUCGGCAUCAACCACUUUGCAGGAGUCGUCUUCUAUGACAGCAAAGGGUUCCUCGAGAAGAACAGAGACACUUUCUCUGGUGACCUUCUACAGGUCAUACAGAACUCAGGGAACAAGUUCGUGGUCACUAUAUUCAAACAGGAUAUCCUUAUGGGUCAGGACACCAGAAAGAAGCCCCCCACUCUGGGAGCUCAGUUCAAGAGGUCGCUGGAGGCCCUUAUGAAGACCCUGAACGCCUGUCAGCCAUUCUUUGUUAGGUGCAUCAAACCCAAUGAGUUCAAGAGAGCUCAGGACUUUGAUAGGGAGCUAUGCUGCAAGCAGCUCCGUUACUCGGGCAUGAUGGAGACCAUCCGUAUCCGACGCGCAGGCUACCCGAUCCGGCACUCGUUCUACGACUUUGUGGACCGGUACCGGAUCCUGGCGGAGGGAAUCGGGCCCGCACACAGGGAGGAGUGCCGGGCGGCAUCCAUGAAGAUCUGCCAGAAGGUGCUGCAUGGCAUGGACUUCCAGCUGGGGAGAUCUAAAGUGUUCUUGAAGGACGCCCAAGAUGCUUUCUUGGAACAGAGGCGAGAGAUUGCACUCACUGAGAAGAUAUCGGUCAUACAGAAGUGCGUACGCAUGUGGGCGGUGCGGAAACGUUUCCUCAAGAUGCGUGGCAGCUGCACAAUUAUCCAGUCAAGAUGGCGCGGAUACGCCGCUAGGAAGAGAUUCUUGGCUAUGCGUCAAGGCUACAUGCGUCUGCAGGCCCUAGCGAAGUCCAGAAAACUCACUGCGCGAUUCAAUGCCCAGCGAAGCCUGGUUAUCAAUGUACAGCGCUACUGUCGAGGGUUCCUCAUACGUCGGUGGGCUCAGCAACGCAUGGUGGCAAUCAUCAAAGUCCAGGCUCACAUCCGCUCGGCCAUUCAACGGAUGAGGUUCCGUAGGCUGAGAAUAGAGUAUGAGAAGCGCAUGGAGGCUGAGCAGAUGAAGAUGGAGGAGGAGAACAGGCUGAAGAAGAAGAUGAAUGAGAAGAAGGCGAAACAGGAGGCAGAGAGACUGCACCAGGAGCGUAUUGCGAACAUCACGCGGGAGGCCGAGGAGAUUGAAAGACAGCAACGGGAGGCCACAAAGAUGAAGGUGGAGCAGAUAAAUUUAGCUGAAAAAGAGAGGAACAAACCCAAGAGUGACUCGCAAGUGGUUGACGAGAUGUUUGGGUUCAUCGAUACCGGCAACGGCAUGGAAGGCUCCGGACCGUUAGCAUUCGCGGAUCUGGAGGAAAAGCGUCGAAGAGCAAUUUCCGACAUGGACUAUGACAUUAGUGAAGGGCACAUGCCUUUCGUACAACCAGACGAAGAAGACCUUUCUGAAUACAAGUUCGCCAAGUUUUCCGCGACGUUCUUCCAAGCCAACGCGACGCACACCUACAUUCGGCGACCAAUCAGAACGUCGCUGCUGCAGUUGAAGUCAGAGAGCGAUCACAUGGCCGCACUUGCCGUCUGGAUUACAAUCCUGCGAUUCAUGGGAGAUCUCCCCGAACCGAAAGUGUACACUGGAGUACAAGACACUAGGGACACGACUCCAGUGAUGACGAAGAUCUACUCAACGCUGGGCCGCAAGUUCAACAAGAAAGACCUGGAGGAGGCCCAGAGGAUGAACAUGGAGCUGGAGAACGAGCCUGCGGCCAUGAUGCGGGUCAGCGGGAAACGCAGCAUACGCAAAAAGAUGGUGUCUUUGACCUUGAAGAAGAAGUCGAAGAUCACAGAAGAGUUCAAAAGUCACCUAGGUGACUCUGAGUACUACUCGCCUACCGGGCAGAACGCUCUGCUGGAGGAGAAACCCACCACGAACCUCGAGAAACUGCAUUUCAUUAUAGGCCAUGGAAUUCUGAGGCCUGAUUUGAGAGACGAGAUCUACUGCCAGAUUGCCAAGCAGUUGACCCAGAACCCGUCUCGAUCCUCCCACGCCCGCGGCUGGAUCCUCCUCUCCCUCUGUGUUGGAUGCUUCGCACCUUCGGACAGGUUCAUCAAGUAUCUACGUAACUUCAUCAGUGAAGGUCCACCUGGCUACGCUCCAUACUGCGAAGAACGCCUGAGACGAACCUUUGCAAAUGGCACACGCAACCAGCCACCAUCUUGGCUAGAGCUUCAGGCCACGAAAUCCAAGCGCCCACUGAUGUUGCCCAUCACGUUCAUGGACGGGAACACUAAGACGCUUCUUGCCGACUCUGCCACGACCGCCAGAGAGCUCUGCCAACAGCUCGGCGAGAAGAUUGUGCUCAGUGAUCAGUUUGGAUUCUCACUCUACAUUGCUCUCUUUGACAAGGUGUCCUCCCUUGGAAGCGGUGGAGACCACGUGAUGGACGCAAUCUCCCAGUGCGAGCAGUAUGCCAAGGAGCAGGGCGCCCAGGAGAGGAACGCCCCCUGGCGGCUAUUCUUCAGGAAGGAGAUCUUUGCACCCUGGCACGACCCCAGCGAGGACGCCACGGCAACCAACCUGAUCUACCAGCAGGUUGUCAGGGGAAUCAAGUUUGGGGAAUACCGCUGUGACAAGGAGGAUGACCUGGCUAUGAUCGCUGCCCAACAGCACUACAUCGAGUACGGCUCCAACAUCGGUGUGGAGCGUCUACAGAGCCUCCUGCCGACCUACAUACCGGACAGCAUGCUUGCCAAACCCAACGCCAUCUCCUUCUGGAUUCAGCAGGUAAACCAGAAGAUCAAGGGCCCUUACUUUGCCGGCGAUAAGAUCCAGGCAAUGAAGGUGAAGGAGGACAUUGUAAGCUAUGCAAAGUACAAGUGGCCGCUGCUGUUCUCGCGAUUCUAUGAGGCGUACAAAUUUGCUGGACCGAGUCUGCCAAAAAACGACGUAAUUAUCGCAGUAAACUGGACCGGCGUGUACGUUGUGGAUGAUCAGGAGCAAGUUCUGCUGGAGUUGUCUUUCCCCGAGAUCACGGCUGUCUCUAGUAGCAGGACUGGUAAAAUGCAUGGACAGAGUUUCACCCUUGCGACAGUGAAGGGUGACGAGUACACAUUCACGUCUCCAAACGCAGAGGACAUUCGUGACCUUGUGGUGACCUUCCUGGAGGGGCUCAAGAAGCGCUCCAAAUACGUGAUCGCUCUGCAAGACUACAGUGGACCAGGUGAUGGUUCCUCGUUCCUCAGUUUCCAGAAGGGAGACCUGAUCACGCUUGUCCAGCAGAACGGUGAGACGGUGAUGAACUCGGGCUGGUGUGUGGGUGAGUGCAUGCGUACCGGGAAACGUGGAGACUUCCCGGCGGAGUGCGUGUACGUUCUGCCUACCAUUACCAAGCCACCGCCAGAAAUACUGAACCUGUUUAUACAAUCUACUGACCCCAACAUGCUGUCCCAGACGGUGGGGGAGGUGGUACCAGAGCCUGGGGAGAAACCAUAUACCCUGGAGGAGUACAGUCUGGACCACUUCAGACCGCCCCCUAAGCGGACCCUUACAAAGACCCUAUCGACGGCCCGCAAGCGCAACCCGGACCAGCUGUGGCGCUACUCCAAGGACCCCCUAAAACAGCCCUUGCUCAAGAAGCUGAUUGGUCGAGAGGAAGUCAGCCAGGAGGCCUGCCUGUGCUUCCUAGCGAUCCUGAAGUACAUGGGAGACCACCCUUCCAAACGUGCUGCUGGACGAAUAGCCAACGAGCUGACAGACCAGAUAUUUGAACCACCACUUAGAACCGAACUGCUUAGAGAUGAAAUCUUCUGUCAGAUCAUCAAGCAGCUUACUGACAACAGGAACAGGUUAAGUGAGGAGCGCGGCUGGGAGUUGAUGUGGCUGGUGACAGGAUGUUUCGCUCCCUCCACCAACCUCCUCAAGGAGGUCAUGCACUUCCUGGGCUCAAGACGGAACCAGAUCGCUCAUGACUGCGUACAGCGUCUACAGAAAACACUCAGGAAUGGUACACGAAAGUAUCCGCCACACCAGGUUGAAGUAGAGGCUAUUCAGCACAAGACAACACAGAUCCUGCACAAAGUCUACUUUCCUGAUGAUUCAGAUGAGGCCUUUGAGGUGGAGUCCAGUACACGUGCUAAGGACUUCUGUUUGAAUAUCGCAAACAAGCUUGGGUUGAAAUCACAUGAAGGCUUCAGCCUCUUUGUGAAAAUUUCUGACAAAGUGAUCAGCGUCCCGGAGGGAGAUUUCUUCUUUGACUUUGUGCGUCACCUGAUUGACUGGAUCAGGAAAGCCAGGGCUACCAGGGAUGGCCCCACUCCCCAGUUCACAUACCAAGUGUUCUUCAUGAAGAAGCUGUGGACCAACCUGAUCCCCGGCAAGGACAUGAACGCCGACCUGAUCUUCCACUACCACCAGGAGCUGCCUAAGCUUCUCCGUGGCUACCACAAGUGCAGUCGUGAAGAGGCAGUGCGGUUGGCCGCCCUGAUUUACCGCGUGAAGUUCGGCGAGGACAAAACUGGCCUCGUGAAUCUAGUGAAGAUGUUGAGAGAGUUGAUUCCCGCAGAUCUUACCAAGGCUCAGUCACCUGACGACUGGAAGAGGGGCAUAUUAAGCCAGUACAACGCUGAUGCAGGCAUGACUCAAGACAACGCCAAAAUUGAAUUCCUUAAAGUGAUCUACUUGUGGCCAACAUUUGGCUCGGCCUUCUUUGAAGUGAAGCAAACGACAGAUUCCAGUUACCCAGAAAUCCUCCUGAUCGCCAUCAACAAGAACGGGGUCAACUUGAUCCACCCCCAGACAAAGGACAUAUUGGCCACUCAUCCAUUCACAAAGAUCUCCAACUGGAGCAGUGGUAACACGUAUUUCCACAUGACCAUCGGUAACCUGCUCCGUGGCAGCAAACUGCUCUGUGAAACAUCCCUGGGAUACAAGAUGGACGAUCUACUGACCUCGUACAUUAGCCUGAUGUUGACAAACAUGAACAAGCCCCCAGGGGGUCGACGAUAGGACCUGCCCACAGUCCAGUUAACAAGCUGGGAGCCGGUCGACGAUAGAACCCGCGCACAGUCCAGGCUGGUACAGGGCAGGUGUUACACUGAAUUGUGUUAAAGGGGUGACAUAGGACUUUGCUUCUUUACAGAACAUUUGUAUAAAUAUCUUGACAUUGGAUAAUUCUAGGUUUUGAUUAAAACUGUAUGGUAUGAAAAUGGUUAGAUCGGACUAACUUCAGAUGAAAUAGAGCUACUUGAUUAUUUGAAGUAUGUUGCUUUUGUUGGCUAUGUGUUACAUGCAUAAUUCAUAAUUUGAUUUUCAUCUUAUUCAACAUGCAGAGCUUGGUCUUAUUGGCUUUCAUGAUUGUAUUUUCAAUAAAGGGUUAAAUGUCAAGGAUAAGGAAAUAGUAAAACACAGUAUAUAUUCAGAUCCAUAAAUAUGCUCAUAAUCAAUUGCAUAGUUCAUAAAAAUUGAACUCCUAAAUAUUUUACAUGUUAUAUUUAUUAUUAUUUCUGCAUAAGUUGCAGCAUUUUCCAGACAUUUGAGGCAUCAGAUAAUGUCUUGAAAAAUACUUGGUAAAUGUUGAGUGAUGGUUUAUGAAUUGUUUUACAUUCUUUGAUAAAAUUAUACAUUAUUACAUGCAUAGACACUAUUGUAAAGUAUUUAAUCUUUAUUGUUACAUUUUUAGGUUGUCAAAUGUUUUCAUCAUGUUGUUAAUUGUAAAAUAAGUGGUUGUGAAAUUAAAUACAUGCAAUUGCAUACUGUUAACUUUACAUUGUUGAAAUAUUUACCUUGAACUAUAAAGUAUAGUAAUGUGUACAUGUUCACAUUGUUAAAGGUUACAAUAUACAUUGGUAUACAGUAAUAUACAGAUACAAUAUUGGUAUACAAUAAUAUACAGAUACAUUAUUGAAAAACUAAAUAUUUAUAAGGGCAAUUUACAGAUUCUUUUACAAUGAUUCUUGUGUCUCAUUUACACCUUUGACUCUCAAAUGUUUGUCUCACAAAAUGUGGAGUUCAAAGUUUGAUUGAGGCCUGUUUAAUCUUUGUCUCAGUUGUUCAAAUGCAACAUGUACAAUAAGCGCAUAAUGCCUGCUGAAAUAUUAAUAUUUUUUCACUUAUUGUUGUUAAAAGUUGUUCAUAAAAACACUGUUUUUAAUGAAUAAAUAAUGCUACAAUAAGAUUUGCCCUGACUAGAUACUAUUGUUGUUUAUCUUGCAUAAUAUAUUGUGUAGCCAAUGCUGUUUUAACACAAAACCCAUAUAUAAUUAACACUUGUGGCAUCAGAUAAUGUCAUAUGACACUAUAUUAACAAUAUAUAUUAACAAAGUCGAUCAUAGAAAAGUAUGUAUAAAUAUUAUAUCUACUUAAAUUAAUAUUGUUGUUCAAAACAACACUUAUUCUACAUACUUUUUAAUACACAUUGUCUUAAUUAUUUAAGUGCAUACGUUUUAGGACGCCUAAAUAUGUGUAACUUUUUUGGAAAAUAUGAGGUUUAUAUUAAGGAGUUCCAUAAUAAAUAUAUAUAUAUAUAAUGUAUGUUUAAGUAUUUAUAUUUGAAAUAUUUUGCUACCAUUCCAUUUAACCUUGACCAGUGAAUUGCUGCAAAUUACUUUAUAAUUCCAUUUUUUUCUAAAAGAUUUAUGUUAUUUGAUGUUGUUGUUAACAAUCAUUUUACUUAUCGUGUCAAUUCCUAGCGGCUCAAACAUGUUAUUUCUACUUAUAUUUAUUUUUAACACAACCAAAAGCUCAUUGCAAAAAGUCCCAAACAAAGAACUGAACAUACAUUCCAUUUGUAUAUGUGCAUGGCAUGUGAUUGAACUUUUAUUAUAAUGUGCUAAAAUGAAAAUUCCAUUUAAAACAUUGACAUUCUUUGAUUUGUAAACAUGAUAGGACUUUUGAUAUGUAGUUUUAUGAUAUACGAACAUUGUUCAUGCACGAUGAUAAUUUUCAUAUUAUGUGUAAUACAUUUGUUCAUGCCAAAAAUGUAACAUGAUUAUGUGACAUUUAAUAUUUGUAUAUGAUUCUUUUUUGCUGAACUAGAUUUGUUCAUUUACUUAAAAAAUAAUGCAUAAUUUCUUUAAUUGUGUUAUGUAAGUGUAUUCACAUACAUGUUUGUGUUUGCAAAUGUAAAAGUAAAAUUUGUUCCUAUGCAGAAGAGAGAAAUAAUGUUUAAUAUAUGUAGAUAAUAUAAAAAAUUAGUUUAUCAAAUUUUAUUAAUAAUCCGUUGCUUGAUAGAAAGUGAUAUUUUUUGGAGCAAAACUCAUAACAGUAGAACGGAGGAACCUGUGAGUGUUGUUUUGGAAAAAAGCCAUUUAAAGAAAGCAUCAUUGUAUUUACAAGUACGCUUUAACUCUUUCAGUGCUGGAACCGAAUUUUGAAGGCCUUUGCAAACAGUUUUGAUCCAGAUGAGACGCCACAGAACGUGGUGUCUCAUCAGGAUCCAAACUGUUUGCUAUUCUUAUAGUAUUCUUUGGAAAAAAUUGAAGAAAAUGCUAAUUUAAGAAAUUCAGCAGACAACAUUUUGGCAGAGGACAAAUUUCCCAGCAUGCAAGGGGUUAAAAAAGAUCCAGUACAUAAUUGUUCACCAAUUCAGCUUCUUAUGGUACCGGGCCACGUCUUUUUUGUUUAUAAUAUUAAUUGUAUAUUUAUGUGUUUGGUUUUGUUUUCACUGAAGAUUGUAUGUCUCAAUGUAUUGAAACAUAUUUUCAUCAUUAUUUUAGGGUUGGAAGUUGCAUGUAUAUAUACUUAUUAAUCACACCAUUGGCAUAUUUAUUUAGAUACUUUAAAGCUAACGUUGGCUAUGUUGUUGUUUGUUCUUUCAUUGCUUAGUUAUUUUGACUUGAGUUAAGAGUUUAUAUGGAUUGUUUUGUACCAUUUUUUGUGUAUGCUAGUUGAUGAACUAUGAGUGAAUUUUUGCACACUUUUGUACAAGUUACUGUACACAUUUACUGAAGUUAGAAAGAACGAUAUCUUCUAAGUAAUAAAAUUGUGUACUUUUAGUCAUACAUGACAAAACAUGAAAAAAGACAUAUUUGAUUUCUGCAUAACUGACUGUUUAAUAAUAUUUAAUUGACAAUGUGUUAAGGUCUACAGAAAACCUGGAUGUCGCUGUUUAAACAGUUCUGUUAUAAGAUCCCUUAUUUUGUUACUUCACACUGGUAUAUGUACUGUAUAUGCUAGAACGUUUUGGUCCGUCAUACUGUGAAAUCAUUCCAAGCUGUAAUAGAGAAAUUGUUCAUUUCCCGUUGUCAGUAUUUGGACAUUCCAAUGUGGACAUUGUACCUUAUCUUUGUAAACUUAUUUGCUUGUAGAGAUGUGAAUGAUUUUUGCAUAUAUACAUAUCAUUGUGUUGUUUAUAUACAAGGCAAUAAACUAUACCUUCUGGAA